AUGAAAAGCCUAUGGAAUGAACUUGAUGCUCUCAACACCUUUUUUGCCUGUGUGUGUGAUUGCAACUGUGGAGCUAAAGCUAAAACACAGAAAGCACAUCAAGAUGAAAGGCUACUGCAGUUCCUGAUGGGCUUAAAUAAUGCAUUCAUUGGUGUCAGAAGCAACAUUUUGCUAACCUCACCUUUACCUAACAUUGGUCAAGCCUAUUCCCUAAGGGAAAUCCAUGCUACACCUGUUUAUCCUGGUGAUUCGGCCUCUUUUAAUGUUGCCACUCAAUCAGCAAACUUCAGUAAGUUCAAAAAUAACAAAGAACAGAAGGGUAUGUCUCAGUCUAAGAAGGGAAAUGAGAUUUGUGCUUAUUGCAAAAAGCCAGGUCAUACCAUAGAGCAGUGUUAUAGGCUUCAUGGUUUCCCUAAUGACUUUAAGUUCACAAAUCAGAAGAAAUUUCAAGGAAGAGGGCAGGUGCAAGCAAACAAUGUUUUUAACUCAGAAGAAGCAAGAGUCCAACCAACAAACAAUGCAGAAAAUGUUCAGGCACUCACCCAAGAAUGCGGCAGAAUUGUUGCAACUUCUUCGACAGGUGAAGUUGGGACAGCAGGGAGCAGCAAUUCAUGGAUAUUAGAUAGUGGAGCUACAGAGCAUAUGUGUUUUUCUAGAAAAUUCUUCAUUGAGUUUAAAGCUUUACCUAAACCUCUCAUGGUUCAACCUCUUAUCCGUGCAUAA